AUGAAGAUGUUCUUUGUGAACGUUUUCCUGAUCUGCUCUUUAUGUGCAGCACAGUUAAGUGACGUCUCUCAGCCUGAAUCUUUGAAAACAGUGAAGAUUGGUGACUCAGCUACUAUUAAAUGCUUCGUAAAGAGCGCAUCAACCAAAACCGUGUGGUACAAGGUGACUACAGGGAGGAAACUACAGCUGGUAGUUAAAGCUGAUUCUCAGUAUAAUGUGAGAGAGUUCAGUGAUGAAUUUGUUAACCGUUCUUCAGUUAAAUUUGACAUGACUAACAAUCAUCUGACCAUAAAUAAAACAUCAUGGGAAGAUGUUGGAACAUACUUCUGUGGAGUCUUACACAUAAGUGAGGUUCAGUUUGGGUCAGGAACAUUUCUGAUGUUGACAGGUGCAAAGACAAUCAGCGACUCUGUCGUCCAGCAGCCAGAAUCAAAGUCAGUGAGGUCCGGAGACUCUGUGACUCUCAGCUGUUCUCUUCACUCUGCUCAAUGCACAGCAGAACUCAUUAGUUUCAUGUGGCUGAAAAACUCGGAUCGUUCUGCUCCAGAGAUGAUUUAUUGCUCUGACAAUAAGAACAACAUCUCCCAGAGAACUGACAGAGGACGAACUACCUGCGUGUACAACUUUGUCGUCAGGAGCCGGGAUGACGCUGGGGUCUACUACUGUGCUGUCAAUGCAUGUGGACAAAUACUGCUUGGAAAUGGGACCAAGAUUGACGACAUCAAUGAUCACGAGAGUUUUUGUGUCCGUGAGAGAACCCUGUCAUGCAUCAUCAUCAUCAUCAUCAUCAUGGGUGUUUAUCUGGUUUUCGCUGUGUUCAUGAUCAAGUUUAGCUCAGGACUUUCACCUCUGUCCAAGGUUCGAGGUGAAGAAAACCUCGAAAUCAAGAGAUCAAAUGAACAGAGAGAUGGUAUCUGGAGUGAAUGUGUGUACUCCAGGGUGAAGCUACACUGA